AUGCUUGCGAACGUUGUUGCUCUAUCAUAUGCGCAUGACUUGACGCUUGCGGCGACGGACCACAAUAAACGCCUGCGAGAGAGAGGACCAUUGUAUCAUAGCUCUUCCAAUCUCUUGCGUCGGGAUGGCGCAGACUGUGUAUCCCCUGAUCCAGCCAACACCCUCACUGACCGAAUGAACAUUGCGCUCAAUUCGUCUGGCGAUGGCUUUGUUUUAUCGUUGUGUCAAAAUACUCAAUACCUCAUCCAAUCACCCAUCUAUUUCGCUGCACCUAAUCAAGAAAUCAGCACGGUCGGAUAUCCAUCAGGAGAAGAAAGAGCGAUCCUUGUUGUCAACGGACCGGUGUUCAAUGGCUCGGGGCAUACCACUGCCGUAGAUGGGACCUGUCCAAAUUGUAAUGGUGUUAAAUUGCGAAACAUCCAGAUAAACGGCACUCGUGGCGGCGCUUCGCCCACGAAUGGGGGGGCCAACAUCGAGAUGGGUGGCGCCAAUUCUGGCCAACUGAUCGAAUACGUCCACUCUUUCGACCCCAGAAGCUGGUCAUGCCUUCACAUUGCCGAGGGCAGCCUCAAUUGCAACAAUGUUAUUGUUCAAAAUAAUGACAUCGGUCCUUGUGGUUCUGAUGUAUUUCAAGAAUGGGCAGACGGCAUUAGCGUCAGCUGCCGCUCUGCUAUUGUUCGUAAUAACAUGAUCAAGAACCCUACCGAUGGAGGGAUUGUUCUUUUUGGAUCUCCCGGAACAUUGGUCGAGAACAAUACCAUAUGGAUACUGAACAACACACUCCUUGGAGGCAUAAACAUGGUCGAUGUGCUGCCGUUUGGUGGAGACUAUUCUGGCGUCGUCGUGCAGAACAAUACAAUCAUAGGCGGGUUGGCUACAGAUUCUGAUUCCGACGAACAAUCAAAAGGCGAAAACAUUGACGAUGUUAUCAUUAAGAUUGGUAUUGCAAUAGGUCCCCAUACUUGGUUCGGUGACGAAUUCGGGGCCAAUCGUAGCUCCUCGGGAAUCGUUCGAGACAAUAUCCUAACUGGUGCAUUCGGUUACGGAAUGGCGAUUACAUCGGCUACCAAUUUUACCGUCGAGAACAACACCCUGGUCGGAAACACAUCUUUCAUAGGAUCUCGCGGCCCAAACUGCAGCACAACCGAUGUGACACCAAUACCUGCGCCAUUCGUCAUUGAUCCAGUGAAUGUGACGUCGUCCACAAUCCAGAAUAACUUCCAGGACAUCCCUGAUGGCAAUGGACUCACCUGCAUCCUACCUCCUGACGGAGGCGAUUACUGGCCAUAUGGCGGUAACCCAUCAUCGCCCUCCCCUUCGUCCUCCACCGCAACAUCGAGCAAUGGUCUUUCAGGAGGCGCUAAGGCUGGGCUGGCGAUUGGCAUCAUCCUUGCUGUUUUGGCCAUUGCUGCCCUUACUUAUUACAUUCGGAGAUGGGCUCUUCGGAAGCAGGCGUUACGAGCUGCUAAUGGAAGGGCAGGAUCACAUCCUAUAUCCCACUACUACCUCUCUUUGACUGUAUUCCCCCACGCAUGGAUUAUCAUCAGCCAUCCGUUUGAUCGUAAUUGUCCCCAUGGACGUUUCCCAUCGGCCACCCUUUCUUCGCGUUCUGAAAGACGAUAUUUAUUGCAUCUCGUAUCUUACGACUUGCCACGACUCAUUGUGGUCAUGGAUGGAUAG